UUCUUCCCCGGCUUCCAACGUGGUACCCUCCGGCUCGCAGCCGCCCUUUGGUGGCUGCUUUCCGCCUGUUCCCAUCCCCCCCCGCCGCUGCUCGCUCUUGGUAGCGUCCACGCAGGCAGGUCCGGAAACUGAGCAUGUGUGGAAGCGCUCGGCGGCCUCGGCGGCGGCGCGGGCAGAGCUGGGCUGCGUCAGGCUGAGCCCAUUCACCGCGCGGCCGCAGGAGCGCAGCGCCGGCGCCGCGCCGCCCAGCCCCGCCGAGAGGGGCGCACUCGCCGCCGCGGGGCCCGCCGCCGCUCACCGCAGCCCCCUCCUGGCGACCGGCAAGUUAUUUCAGACUGUAAGUGCAUCAUUCCAGCAACAAAGCUAAAAGUCCAAUUCCCAGUGGUCUUAUCUACUCAACCUACUCAUUCCCUGUUCUGAAACCUAGAGAAGACUGCUCCACAAGACUCCUCCAUAAAUUGCUGCAAUGUCUGUAUCUAAUUUAUCGUGGUUGAAGAAAAAGUCCCAGUCGGUGGAUAUUACGGCUCCAGGGUUCAACCCUCUGGCUGCUGCAGGAAAGCAGACGCCACAGGCCAGUAAGCCCCCCACACCCAAGACGCCCAUCAUUGAAGAGGAGCAGAACAAUGCGACCAAUACCCAGAAGCAUCCUUCUCGGAGGAGUGAGCUGAAGAGGUUCUACACUAUUGACACUGGCCAAAAGAAGACCUUAGACAAGAAAGAUGGGAGACGAAUGUCCUUUCAGAAACCUAAAGGAACUGUUGAGUAUACAGUUGAAUCAAGGGAUUCUUUGAAUAGUAUAGCCCUGAAAUUUGAUACAACGCCCAACGAACUUGUUCAGUUAAAUAAGUUAUUCUCCCGAGCAGUUGUUACUGGACAGGUUCUAUAUGUUCCUGAUCCUGAAUAUGUCUCCAGUGUUGAGAGCUCUCCAUCGCUAAGCCCUAUAAGUCCUCUGUCGCCAACAUCUUCUGAGGCUGAAUUUGAUAAGGCCACUAAUCCUGACGUAGUCCACCCAAAAGAAGCAACUCCCUUACCUACUUUUACUGGUAUUCGACCUGCACGAGUUGUAUCUUCAACUUCUGAGGAAGAAGAAGCAUUUACUGAGAAAUUUCUUAAAAUUAAUUGCAAAUAUAUUACCAGCGGCAAGGGCACAGUCAGUGGUGUGCUGCUAGUUACGCCAAAUAAUAUAAUGUUUGAUCCACAUAAAACUGACCCUUUGGUUCAAGAGAAUGGCUGUGAGGAAUAUGGCAUCAUGUGUCCAAUGGAAGAGGUGAUGUCAGCUGCAAUGUACAAAGAAAUUUUGGAUAGCAAAAUAAAGGAAUCCUUACCCAUAGAGCUAGAUCAGGUAUCAGGAAGGGACUCCUGCCAUUUAAAGAAAAUGACAAGAAAUCAUACUGAUGAAAUAGACUCCAGAACCCGUGAUGCAGGUAACGAUAGUGCCAGCACAGCUCCGAGGAGCACCGAGGAGUCUCUUUCUGAGGAUGUGUUCACAGAAUCAGAACUUUCUCCCAUACGGGAGGAACUUGUCUCUUCAGAUGAACUUCGGCAAGAUAAAUCAUCUGGUGCGUCAUCAGAAUCUGUGCAGACUGUCCAUCAGAGUGGCAUAGAAUGUUUAACAGCCAUAUCAGAGUCUACUAACAUGCCUGAUCACUUAAAAUCUGAUUUGGGACAUUCUACAAAUGAAGUUGGGACUACUUCUCUUAAAACAGAUUUAAAUAAUCUUGAAAGGGCCACUAAGGAAGAUCGGGCUACAGGUAAUUUUCUGGAAAUAUCAGGCCCUAAAGAACAAAGCACAAGUAUAAAAGGUAAUACAGACCAGGAUUUUCUUCUGAAUGAGAAUUCACAUCAAGAAGAGGGUGAAAAAGAAAGUAUGCUUUGUGGGGAAGCAGCAGAUUUUAAACAAAAGCCAACUGUCAACAGAGGAAAACACGGAAAGGAGCAAAAUCAGGACUCAGAGACAGAGGUAGAAGAGCUACGGAAACUCUGGAAAACUCAUACCAUGCAACAGACUAAACAGCAAAGGGAAAAUAUUCAACAGGUGUCACAAAAAGAAAUUAAGCAUAAAAUAGCAAUUGCUGACAUAGAAGGUUCUGCACUUUUAAAAGAAAAGAGAAGGCAUCGAUUACAUAAGUUUUUGUGUCUCAGAGUUGGAAAACCAAUGAGGAAAACAUUUGUAUCUCAAGCAAGUGCAACAAUGCAACAGUAUGCACAGAGAGAUAAGAAACAUGAAUAUUGGUUUGCUGUGCCACAAGAAAGGACAGACCACUUGUAUGCCUUCUUCAUUCAGUGGAGUCCAGAAAUAUAUGCAGAAGAUACUGGUGAAUAUACCAGAGAACCUGGAUUUAUAGUGGUGAAAAAGAUUGAAGAAUCUGAAACAAAUGAGGAUUCCACUAAUGAAGCAGCAGCCAGAGAAUGGGAGGUAGUGUCAGUGGCUGAGUAUCACCGCAGGAUCGAUGCUCUAAAUACUGAAGAACUACGCACACUCUGCAGACGUCUCCAGAUUACUACAAGAGAAGACCUAAAUUCAAAGCAGAUUGCUCCAUUGAAAGCAGACCUGGAGUCUGAAUCUUUUCGACCAAACCUAAGUGAUCCCAGUGAACUCUUACUGCCAGAUCAAAUUGAAAAGCUUACCAAGCAUCUUCCACCAAGAACAAUUGGCUAUCCAUGGACUCUUGUUUAUGGCACUGGGAAGCAUGGCACAAGCUUGAAGACUCUUUAUCGAACAAUGACAGGUUUAGACACCCCAGUGCUGAUGGUGAUUAAAGACAGUGAUGGGCAGGUUUUUGGUGCAUUAGCAUCUGAGCCAUUUAAAGUGAGUGAUGGCUUUUAUGGUACUGGAGAGACCUUUGUUUUUACGUUCUGUCCAGAGUUUGAGGUCUUUAAGUGGACAGGAGAUAAUAUGUUUUUUAUCAAAGGAGACAUGGAUUCACUAGCUUUUGGUGGUGGAGGGGGAGAAUUUGCCCUUUGGCUUGAUGGAGAUCUCUACCAUGGAAGAAGCCAUUCUUGUAAAACAUUUGGGAAUCAUACACUUUCUAAGAAGGAAGAUUUCUUUAUUCAAGACAUUGAAAUCUGGGCUUUUGAAUAAAUGUAAUGCUCUCUGUCUUAGCAGGAUAAUGGCCCAAACCUGACAUGGACAAGCAUUGUUUGGAAAGUUCAAGAAGCAAUACAAUGUAACAUGUCACUUGUGCUUUAAAAUUAAUCGUUUCACCAUUUUUUACAGCUAUAAUUUUAGAAUUUAUUUUUAAAAUCAUGUUUCUGUCCCAGGGUUUUUUGGGUUUAGACCAUGGUGUGGGUCCAUGCAGUAUAACAGCUUGGGUUUUGUCAGAAUUUUGGCAGCAUUUUAAUCAUAGUAACCACCUCAUCUACAGUCCGUGUUAUCUCAGUCUCCUAAUAAGAUGGUGCUCUUUUUUUGAACCUCUUUUGGUUUAUUAUUUUUAAAACUCUGUUGAUUGUUUUACUAGAGCAGUCUAAUUGGGACAUUGAGAGAAUAAAGACUAGAUAAUGCUGUGAGGUAUUUGUGAGGUUGCAACAGAUGACUUUUGGACAGGCUCAACUUAGUCAUUCUUGUGAAGGAAAAAACACAUGCCAAAAUAAUGAAUAGUCCAUUAACCACUGAGUUCUAGUUUUAAUUCAUACUACAACAUUCUCUUUAUUAAUUUUCAGGUAUUCUCAAUUUCAUUUUAAUAAAAAUGAAAAUUGAAGAGAAUUCUGGUUGUAAUAGACCACAGUGCACAUGAUCUUCAGGUUUGGGCAUAUGCUUUCAUGAUUGGAUUAUCUGGUAAAGUUAUAUAAUACAAAGGAGAAUGAGAACUUGAUUCUAGUGGACUUAAUAUAUCAAGCGAGAAAAUAUACUAUUUACAUAUUUGUAGCUUAGCAGGGCAUUAUCAUAAGUACAAAAACUAUGAAACAGAUGCAUAUUUCUUCAACAUAUUGUGUCAGAUACACUGUUUUAUAGUUCUGUUGUUUUAGCCUUCUUGCACACCAACUCCCAAAAUAUAGGUUCCUGUUCAAAAGGGAAAAAAAAAAAUGUGUUUUUUUGAGUGGUAUAUGUUAUUAACUACCAUUAGCAUUUGCUGUUAUAAAAGGGCAAUGAUUAUAGUAGACAAUAUUGUAACUCAGUAGACUUGUUGAAUAUGCAAACUUACUGUCAAGUGACCUCAAAAAAAAAAAAGACAAGAUAGAAUAUACUAGUAGUUCUUAUCCUCUUUUGUAGGAAACCAAUAAUAU